GUGGAGGAGGGAGCCUCUGCUGUGUCCCCACCGCGCUUGGGUGCUGCUGUUGAAGCCACUCCUGCCGCCGCUGCUACUAGGGUUUGUCGUCGUAAGCCACGCGUUGCCGCCACUGGAGAAGCCUUGCGCGUCACCGUCAAGCUUGAAGAGGAAAGGCUGUGUCCCGCGCCACUGCCGUUCGAAGGGCUGAGCUUCGUCGCCGUUGAGUUGCUCUACUUCACCGUGGCUGAGCUCUGCCACCCCCGUUCUUUGGGCUUGUGGUGUUGCUGCGGGAAUCACUGCCGGAGCCGCCAUCACCGUGACCUUGUUGCUUCGGGUCAACCAUGUCUCUGCCUCUGAUGUAACUUGUCGUGCCAUAUCCGUUGGAGCUGCCGUGGUUGGAGCUUAUUAUUAGAGAAAGCAAUUUGCUGCCAUGACCUUUCAGUCUAGCCAGCAUCAUCCUCUUUGUUCCAGUUCCAAUGCCAAUUUUCUAUUUUCUUAAGCCUUUGUCGAUUUAUCUCCUGAGCAAUCAUUAUUGGUGUUGAGAUCGUUGCUGUUGCUACUACUAUAGUCGUGGGUGAUGCAGCUGCCGUUUUGGUCAUCGAGUAUAGCACGGUUGUUGCCAGAACCACCGCCGGGGCUACCGCUGCUUGAUUCAGCCGUUCUUUCUUUGUUUCGGAUUUUAAGAUACCCAGGAAAGUUCACUUCAAGAAAGGCACAAGAGUGGAGCCACCGCGUCAGCAGCCUCCAGCUACACCUCCUGUGUUUUCACCAUCCGAUGACGAUGACUGGCUCAUCCCUCCGCCCCCUAGUAAUGGUGGUGUCUCCACAGCUGCUCCUCUGCAACCCUUUCAUCCACCCAGGAGCGAACCAAGACCUGAGCCACAGGCCGCUAACGGUUCACAAGUGACGGAACCGUGCAAUGAAGACAUUGACCCAGAGGCGAACGAGGUAGAUUCGUUUGAUGAACACAUUGACAGGAUGUUUGCUGCUUCUGAUGCUGGCAAGCGCAAAGGACAAAAGACUACCGAGUUUUGGGAUGUUGAUCUCAUUGGUAACAAAUUCUGAAGGAAUAGUCAAGCAAGCUAAAAUGAGUGUGAGGGAGGCUAUGGAGCGGUCUCUUAAUGGUAGCAAGAUCAUACUGAGGUUCAACGAGGAACUGCAAGCAGUGGGAGAUGGAGCUGGCAUGUUGAGUGGCAUUCUAGGAGCGCUGGGAUCUGAUUACAGCAAAUUUCCUAUCUGUGAAAAGAGUUGGGCUAAGGUGCGGGGCAAAGACAGGGUUUAUGAUGAUUGCAUAAAGGAGAUGUUCCACUUUCAGGAUAGCAGUGGUAGAAUCAAGAAAACACUUUUGAAACAAAUGGGGAGGUCUUGGAAGGACACAAGGGGGAGGCUGUAUGACUCGCAUUACAAACCAACAUUAACACUUGAGCAGAAUCUUGAGAAGCGCCCGGAGGGAAUUUUGAGAGAGCAUUGGAGGUGGUUCAUUGACUAUCGUAAUGAUCCUGCAACAAAGGCGAAGUGCAAGCAAAACGCGCUGAAUCGAUAGAAGCAACUUUACACGCACACUGGCAGUUCUAAAAGCUUGGCUAGGGCAAGGGAAGAAGAGUCACAAAAGUAAGGGAGAAUAGUUGGCAGGGGAGAAGUAUGGAUCCUAAAGCACAAAAGAUCUGAUGGCAGCUAUAUACAUGAAGAAGCUCGGAGGAUUGGUGAAAAAAUAUCUGAGAUUGAGUAGCUGGAUGAAUCUACAAGAAUAUUAUCAGAAAAUGAUUUCCUUGCCCAAGCUCUCGGUAAAGAGCACCCGGGUAAAGUGUGUGGGAUGGGAUACGGGCCGACACCAAGUCAACUCUUCCGUCCGAGUUCGCAGCCGCCGGUGGAUAGAGUUCAAGUAGAAGAGGCUCAAAGGAUGCUGUGUGAACUACAGGCGGAGGUGACAACCAAAAAAUUGAAGAGGAAUGCAAUAGAUGAUGAAUUAGCAGCAGUGAAAAUUAAUAACGAUAAGAUUCUUCAGAUAAAAAGAUGUUAAAAAAAUACGCAGGUUUGUCAAAUUAAUUAAAAUAAAAUAUUAAAAAAAA